GGUUGCUUCAUACACCCAGUCCUUUUCCUACAUCCUGAUUACGAACAGCUCCUGUUUAAAAAUGCUGAAGACUGUUAUUCUGGCUGUUGCUGUGGUCCUCAUCGCUGGCGCCGAAGACGAGUGCCUCAGGGCAUGUCCGAGAAACUUAAGUCCUGUCUGCGCUACGUUCACCAAAUCCUAUGGGAAUGAAUGUAUGAUGAAGGCUGACGCCUGCAGCCUGGCAAAGCAAGGCGUCCAUCUUAUGACUAAGACGGACACCGUGUGCAGCUGUGAAAGGGCGUGUCCCUUCCUCCUCAGCCCCGUAUGUGCCACGGACGACGUCACAUACGACAACGAGUGCCUGAUGAGCGUGGCAGCAUGCAAACAAAACAAGUGGUUGGAAGUGAAGAGUGCUGGCAAGUGCCCAACCGAGAACUAAUGACCACAUUGCCAGGCAGAGCUGAGCCAUAGUUGCAAGAAUACAUUAAUUGAUACAUUUAUGGGUUAAAUUGUAAUGUAAAUUUCAAGUGUGUGCAUGCGGAUUCUUUAUGGUAUAUCAAUGGGCUCAUCGUAAAAGUUAAUGUGAUAAUGUGUAUAGUGUUAACCAUGUUUUUCUGAUUUGGAAUAUGGAAUAAACAAAUUGAUUUAA